AUGUCUGCUUCCUUAGCUCUCCACCUGUACAAGGUGCUCACCCCGACCCUCAUAUCCUUCGCGAUUGCUACGCCGCUCAUGCUCUUCAAAAGGUCGAGCGCCCGAACCUUGUCUUCGAGCGUCGGUCGUUCGCGGUUUUCGGCGCCACGAACUUUCCCCACGUGCGGUGUUGCCAACGGGUUUCAAGCUGCCCAGUGCACCCGCUCGCUUCUCCUUCCCCGUUGCCCGCCCGUCCGGGCAGGGGCGCUUCGAAGAUGCAGCCCCAGCAGUCGAGUUUGUGCUUGAUUCCUUGCGGUUGCUCGAGUUGACACAUCCGUGGCAAACACGGUGCAUCUCGUUGUCGCCAAGCGGGUCAUGUACACCGCACAGUCCAUGAAGGUAGCCUCCGCAGACACGGCAUGUCAUAUGAGUGGUUCGUAAACAGUGGGGGGCCGGAUGCGUGGUCCAGCGAUGCCAGGCAGCGGGAACCCGCGGCGCAAGGCAUCCGUGGGAGCUGUGUGUCUCGCUAGCUAUGAUGGCCUACUGCUGUACAGCUGCUUGAGCUGCUGCAGUGGAGGGCAGCUGGUGCGCUAUAGG